AUGAGACCUGUCCAAUAUUUCUGCCAACUUUUCCUGGUGCUGUUUGCAGGGGCCGCUGCUUUCCCUGUAACGGAGCUGUCAGGAGGGGAGGUGCGCCUGCCUGUAGCAGCCCUGUCCUGUUCAACCUGUGUCCCUCUGGCAAUGGAAAUCCGGAAUACAUCGGCUGAGCUCCGGAACACUCAGCUGUGUGAGUUUUUCUCGCUCUGUGAGCAAGACUGGAGCUCGCUGCUCACUUACGGUUUCGACCAGCCACACAUCCGAGCCCAGGACAGAUGCUUAAAGACAAAUUUCCACAAGGAAACGUGUUUGAAAGCGAUCGCCUCUGGCCUUCAGAAGUACAAGCCCUACUUGUUGUUGGUGGAAACAUCAAUCCCCAGUUCGAAUGACCGAGUAACAUGGAUGAGAUCCAGCACCCAGCAACUGGCUGAACUGAUCAUGAACCAGGUCAGUGCUGAGUUCGGCAUCACUAAUCUGCGUGAGGCUGAACAACAGGUUUCACCAUCAGAACAGGUGCCAAAAACAGACUGGAGCACACAGGUGACAGUGCAUGUCAUCCUUCGGGACUUCACUAAAUUUAUCGAGCUCACAGCCCGAGCCAUUCGCUUUAUGAGAACGCAAUCAAGUCUGUGA